UUUGAAGAUAGUUGCAGAAACCAUUGAAGAGAACAAUGACAUCCAUCCCUGGAUCUGAUAAUCUUAUAUGGAGUGACGAGCAAACACGGUUCUUUCUUCAACUAAGACUUGAUGAGAAUCUGAAAGGAAACGUGAGAAAACAGAUGGUUAAUGAGGCUGGGAGACAGGCGAUAAUGGAUAAGUUCUAUGAGGCAUUUGGUAUAAAAAUUCCAUGGAGAAAGUUUGGGAUAAAGUACAACACUUGUAAGAAGCAGUACGACUCUUUUAAGAAGCUGACUCGGAACAGAACGUGACUGGGUUUUACUUCUACUGGAUUCAUCAGCAUGAGUGAUGACUGGUGGAAUGAGCGAUGUAAGGAGUGGCCUGGUGCUAGAAAAUUUAAAGACAAGCCGAUAGCAAACAUGGAUUUGAUGGAGAAGGUAUUUGGAACAGUUUAUAUUAGUGGAGGUGAAGGUUGGUCUGCACAGCAAGGUGAAGAGGCUUUAGACACAAAGCAUGCAGAUGAUGAAGAUGAAGAUGAUGCUGAGUCAAGGCGUGAUGUCCCUACUCAGGAAGCUGUUGGAGAUGAAUCAAGGCGUGGUGUCCCUACUCAAGAAACUGAUGUUGCAUCUGAAUCAAGAAAUGCUGGAUCAAAGAAUGUUGGCCCUUCUUCUUCCAGGUCAAAGGUUAACAGGAAAAGAUCAAGGGUUGUACAAGCAGGACAAGCUGUGGCUGAUGUGAUCAGGGAGAGUGUUGAGUCUCGAGACAAGAUUCUUUCCCACAAGAAUCAUCUAAUAGAGAACCAUCCUGAGUUUAGUUGUAGUCAACUUCGAGCUAUGGAGGUUCUACACUCCUUGCCUGCUAUAAGAAUGUGGUCUCCUCUUUACAAAGCCUCGAUUAACCAUCUCAAAGAAGAUGCUGCAAAUCGUCAAACUUUCUUGUUCUAUGGAGAUAAUGAGAACAGGGUUCUCUAUUUGGAGUAUGCAACUGGUGAAAGCAGAGAUGCAUGAGGAGUUGUUUAUGUUUAUGUCUUUGUCUUAGUAUAGUAUGAACUCUAGAAUGAAUCUUGUUUUAAUGACUAUGUUUAUGACAAUAUUUAUAUGAGUUUCACUCUGCUGAAAUGUGUUGUUUAUAUUUAUUUUGAAGUGGCAAUGCAACUCUAUUGGAUAAGCAGUUCUUACAAGCGUUCUUACAAGCAGCUCUUACACUUCUAGCUUAAAGUCUCCAAGAUACAAUGAAUAGUAAGGACAUGUUUAGGUUCUUAGUUGAAGAUGAAGACAUGGAUUUGAUACUAGAUGAGGAGAAACACAUGUUUGCUCUUUUAGAAGAAACAUAUGGAGCGGCAAAAGUUAGUACUAACAGACAGUUAGUGAGGACAGACCGAGGUGGAGGUUGGCGUCGAGUGCAACGUUUCAUGAACGAAUCCGAGGUACAAUGCUAUGAUAUUCUUCGCAUGAACCAAGCAACGUUUAGUAGCUUAUGUAAGAUACUGUCAGAGAAGUAUCAGCUAGUAGAGUCUUGCCAUGUUUACAUAGAGGAGAGUGUGGCAAUGUUCUCAGAAAUGGUUGGCCAAGAUUUAACUAUACGAGCUUUAGCUGAGAGAUACCAGCAUUCACUUGACACAGUGAAAAGAAAGCUAGAUGAGGUUUUAAGUUCCUUGUUGAAACUCGCAGCAGAUACUGUGAAACCGGGAAUGGAUGAGUUUGCAAGUGCUAGUCCUAUUUUAGUAGAUGAUCCGCGAUAUUACCCUUUUUUUAAGGAUUGCAUAGGUGCUCUAGAUGGAACUCAUGUGCCGGUUCGUCCUCCUAGUGGGAAUGCCGAACCAUUCAGAGGUAGAAAAGCAGAACCAACUAUGAAUGUCUUAGCUAUAUGUAAUUUCAGUAUGAAAUUCAUAUAUGCUUAUGUUGGGGUUCCUGGGAGAGCACAUGAUACAAAAGUGUUGACAUAUUGUGCAAAGGAAGAAGCUUCUUUUCCUCAUCCUCCAGUUGGAAAGUAUUAUUUAGUAGACUCUGGAUACCCAACUAGAGCUGGUUAUUUAGGACCUCACCGUAGAACUAGAUAUCACCUGGAUCAUUUUGUUAGAGGAGGACCACCGACAAACAGCAGAGAGUUAUUCAACCGAAAGCAUUCUGGUUUGCGUUCAGUAAUUGAGAGAACAUUUGGAAUAUGGAAAGCUAAGUGGAGGAUUCUUGACCGCAAGCAUCCUAAGUAUGAGCUGAAGAAAUGGGUGAAGAUUGUGACAGCAACAAUGGCUCUCCACAAUUUUAUCAGAGAUUCAAACCAUGAGGAUUGGGAUUUUGCACAUUGGGAAAGUGUGGAAGAAUAUGAACAUCAUGGGGAUGAAGAUGAUCAUGUUGCAUAUGUACCAGCUGGAGAUAGAGUCAUGGAAGCUAUGCGAGAUUCCAUUACUGAAGAGAUGGCGAGAGGAAGUCGACUUCCAUACUGAGCAGAAAUGCCAUGUGAAAAAGAAGGAUAUCAGAAAGUUUUUUGAUGAUCUAUGUGAGCGAGAAGGGCAAGAUGCUGUUGAAGAAUGAAGAGAGUGAUGAUCAGAUGAUGAUAUUUGUAGCUUUCUGUUCACUUCUCAUAUGGGUUUGUAGUUUUGUUUCCUUUGGACCAAUUGGUAAUGCAAACUCAUUAUCCUUUUAUGUUUUA